UAAUACCUCCAUUACGUCGAGGAGGGGAAGAGGUACCGGUACAGUUUAACCAUUGGGCCACGCCAGCAACGCUCGAGCAACCUUCAUGGCCAGGGUUCUGCCCUCAUCGUUGACCCCCCACAUUUGCAUCCUUCCUUCCCCAGACCUUGAAGAGCUCCUUCAGUCCUCUUCUCUGCCUUCUCUCCAUCAUAUAUUCCAGUCCUUUUCCCCAUUACCACAAGUUACAACCCGCACAACUGCUUUGACCACUGUACCCCAUCCAUCAUUUGCCCUUCGCUUUUCUGACUUGCCGGAAAUCGAGGCAGCUUGUCGUGAAGAUGAGGAACAACGCGCCACACGAGCUAUUGACUGGAUCGGUGACCGUAUCAGCAAACGCUGCGCUAAAUGGGUAGAUGAUUUCGAAAAGAUGAAAGAUCGAGAUGUUGCAAGAACACCUUGGUGGGAUGAACUGAGACGUUGUGCCGAAGGAGAUCACAUUCCAGCUAGAGAUGAGGGGUGGAAUCAUCCAAUAUCAAUAAUAUUAGCAGUCUCUACUACAUCCCCGAACCCGCUGCAGGCAAUCACCGCCCUACAUUCUCGAACAUUAGACUUUCCAUCAUGGGUAGACCUCACACAUCUCAUUUACACUCUCAUAAUUCAUCCCAAGAACUCUCCGCUUUCUGACGAAGAAGCAGGCGCACUUUUCAAUGCCGUUAAGAAACAGUAUGGUUUGCAUACUUACCUUCUUUCUCUCGAACUUCCAUCCCCUCCGCCACCCCCCGUAUCUAUCCCAGCACUUGUUCCCCGAUUACCGCCACCUGCUAUUCUAAAUGGUUCUGCCGACGGCGUGCGCCCUGACUUAAAGACCGCACAAACCGUCCCAUUGAAUACUCUUAGGAUGUCCGAACAAGACAUCCAACAAACUGCCAGAUUUACACGAGAAUUCGUCACCAUGAACUUGGUUCCUUGGAUGGAGAAAUGCGUCGUAGAAUGGAACGAGACAUAUUCCUCGAGCCGAAGACUACCAUCGCGCUUGUUUACAUCAACGCGUCGGCUUUUUGGCACUUCAUCUCCAGCACCCCCUACAUCUUCUCUGCCCACGCGUUCGCACACACACAGCGCACUACAGUCAUCAGUAUCUGGUUCCAUCAUUCCUCCACCAUCUCAGCAACGACGCUUAGCUGAGUUUGCAACAAUCCUUGGUGACUACAAACUAGCGGUGGCUGUUUGGGAAUCAUUAAGGAAGGAAGGGAAAGGAGGUUCUGAUAUUCUUCCUUUGCUUAUCGCUCCCUCGCCAGCCGUGCAACUCCACGUCUCUCAUGCUUUGAAUACCAUCCACCCCCAAGCCGCCGAGCUUCCAUCACAUGCACAAUUACGCGCCUUGCUAUACGCGGUGCGAUGGGAAUCGAUGCUUACGAUUGGCGACUUCCUAAGCGAUACCCUCGAGGGCGAACGAUGGCUUGUCUGGGCUGCGGGCAACGCAGAAGAACCACCAGCAGCCCUCUUGUUGGCACAUGCUGCACUUCUCAGCGUUCGGAAAAACGCACGACGGCGAGCAGCGCUGUGGUACUUUUUCGCUGCAAACCGCCUGGAGAAAUGUGGCAUUAAACCGCUGACCAUGUACUUUCUUCGGAGAGCCCAUGAAUUGUCCGUAUCCCGGCCGGACAAACUCUUGUCGCCGUCAUUCUGGAUAUCUGAAAACAAACAACCAUCAGACUUUCAAGGCUUUGAUGCUGUCAUGUCUGGCAUUGAGCAUCCACUUGGGAGACUGCUGUAUACCACAGGGGACGUAUCAGGCGCUGUGCGACACUUUUUGGGUCUCUUGCGAUGGUCGUCAGCGUCGUCCUCUCCACUUGCCCAACUUUCGAAUCAUAUUGUGGACAUUACAAAGGAUCCUAGCAAUUCGGACAAGGUGUUCCUGGAGGACUUCCAGGUUGCGAUUUCGCACUUGGAGUCGAUAUCCGGGGAGCAAGCACGCUUAGAGGAUGUCAAGCUGUCACUGCGCUUCGUCGUUCCUUCGCAGGCCUGCAUUCGCUUACCUCGAGACUCUGUCGAGGGCGAACAGUCCGAGUGGGAGACUCGGGAAGAAAUAUGGUCAUCCUUUUGGAAGCAUCGAGGCAAGGAGAAGCUUGAACGAAGUGGACGUGCUGCUGUGGAAGAGGCAUUCUGGGUUGAUAUCACCCUGCGCAAUCCCCUCGACACAGAGGUCACCUUGGCCAAUCCAACGGUGAUCGUUGAAUCUUCUUCUGGUGACGCUGCCUGGAUUCGAGAUAACAUCGAAAUCAAGACCGCUGAGGAUACUAUCCUUUAUGCCAAUGAGUCGCGCACCAUUUCCAUUUCCAUCAAGUCUUCCAAACCAGCAUCAUUGGCUAUCACAGGCGUUGCCUAUGACUUCCUGGGACUCCUUCCAACAGUAGAAUCGCUAGCACGCCGCGGUCGCAGGCUGCAGGACACACCUCAACAGAGACAGACAAUCACAUAUGCCCCUGACAUACUCUUGAAGCUCGACGUAGAAGAGGCAAGCCAAGAGCUUGCCGUGGCGUUUGUAGACGAUGGUCCGCUUGUGCUUGCUGAAGGAGAGUGUAAGCGGAUGAAACUGUGGAUUUCGAACGCUGGUUCGAGGGAUAUUGGGGAGGUAUGGGUUGUGCCUGGUCCUGAAGAUCAGAUCUGGAUCGAGCCUCUGGAUGGUGGGUCAGUUUCAGUUAUGAGCAUGGCGUGGAAAACGUGGCAGUCCGAUAAUAAGAUUGUUCCAACGACACCAUAUAGUAUACCCCUCGCAGAGAAGCUCACGGAGGCUGGAAGCACCGAAGUUACGGUUGUCUUACAUGCAAGUCACAAGGGGAAACAGGACUUGUCGCUUCUCUUCGUUUAUCGUGAGGCACAAGGCAGCCCAUUCCAUUGCACGCGCGUCACGAGGAGUUAUGAGGUCGUCCAGUGCCUCCAGAUCUCUACCACCUCGCACCCAAGUCACUCGCCGGAUCAUUCGUUCUCGUUAAGCUUAGACCUGGCCAAUAUCUCAUCUUCGAGUUACGUGGAGAUCAACCAAGUGACAACGAUCAGCGCUAGUUGGUCAUGUUUACCACUGACUGAACUCUGGUCUGAGCCUUUGCGUCCUUCUCAAUCAGCACGGAUAUCGUUUGGCGCCACCUCCACUGGCGAUUGUGCGAGUGUGAAUGCAGUCUCAGCGUUUGUCUCGAGGAAACUGAGCAACGUGCUGCAUGGUCAAGAUAUAGGGCCCGAUGAUCCGCCUCCAUUAGAGCUCCUCUGCGGACAUGUCUCCCAGACAUUCGCCUUCCAACCUUUCGUCGCUCACUUUAUCAUGAACGCACGGCGGAUAGCCGUCUCUCGCACGCUCGCUCAAUCACACCCCCGAAUACCCACAUCAUCUCACCCCAGCAUCUUCCCGCUAUACAACCCCCUUUCUGUCGAUUUCGUCGUCUUCUGGAAUAUCCCUUCUGAGCAGCGGUCCGGUCAUAUCCUUGUUUCUGAGGUUACUCUAGGUGCAAGCCAUGCUGCGCUUCGAGAGGUACUCGAGGGUGUAGAGAGUGCCAAAGUCAAGCGAAGCAUGUAUGCUGAGACGCAACGCGAGAAGGUGGAGAUGCUGCAAGCUAUUCGUGAUAGCGAGUGGAACGCGGAGAUGAAUCCGAUUGUUAUGCACGUGAAGGACGGUUUGGUAGUAGAGCAUGACUUCAGUCAGGGGGUUUGCAUGGCUCCUGUAGAGUUUACGAUCCGUAAUCAUUCCUUGUCACAUCCGUCGCGCUUUGUUCUUAGACUUGAUCCUCGUCAACAGUCACCUCAUCUCCCUGCACCAUAUUGUGGCCGGACGACCUUCAGGGGGCUUCUAGCGCCGUUGCAGACAACGUCUGUCCUCGCCCAGUUGUGCGUUACUCGUCCAGGAACAUACAUAUUGUCAGGCUGGCGGCUGGAGACUGAGGUAGGCGAACCUGGCACGGAGGAUAGCCCAUGGCGAGUAAGGCACCGCUAUGAGCAGAGGGCGGCUGCAGACAACUCGUCAUCAAUCGUUGUAUCAGAUCUCUAAUGUAUGCAUAGGGAAUAUAUUACGGAUAUAACCAAACAGUAUGAGGGUACAAAAAGUUCAAAAUAAGGUGAUCACUGAGGUUUUUCUGUCGUGGCCAUUCUCGCUCUCUCUCGCUCCCUUUCCUCGGCUUCCUUCCUUUGCGCGGCGAGUCUCAUUUUCUUCACUUUGAUGUUCAUGAAGGUCUGUGCAGUGACGUUUUCAGCUUGGAUCA